AUGGCCUUUUGGGAAAAGAUAUGGUGCCGUCUUUUCGGCCGUGUAAAUAUCCCUGGUGUAGUUUACAGUGAUGAAAUUGAUGCAACUGCCACAUAUGACCGUCAGCAGCGGGAAUCCAUGUGGCGAGGUAACUUACGUAAUGUCCGUCUCGACACGGUGCCACCGCUUUUGUUACGAACGAGUGGCGCCGAAAAUGCCUUAUUGGGACCCGAAGAGGAACCCUACACAUUUUGGGAGCGGGUUGGUGUUGUUCCUGUACAUCCCUCACGCGUGCGGCCCCGGCAAUAUUAUCAUCCGAUAACUGAUUUUGGGUUGUACGAUUAUGAUGAGGUGUCGCCGGAGGAGCGGGAUUUAACGGCACGUUGGUUGGCGAAGGUGUUGGAGUUCAACGCAGCGGUGCCACUCGGCAUUCUCUGUGCAGCUGGUUGUUUAGUGCUUCCUUUACACACGGUAUAUCGUAUGCCCCUUUUGGUUGCAUCGGCGGCAACGGGGGUAAUGUUUGAGAUCACACAUUCGUACAUGAAUGCGGGGAAGGAACGACAGGAUCUUGACGACUUCAUAUUGGCAAAGGAAAUUUGGUAUAUCAAAAACGUGGAGGCGUAUCAGUUAGACAUUCCGCUCAUUCCCAAAGGACGUGAGGCGGAGUACCAGGCAUUCCUGGAUGGCUCUAAUGGAACUUCGCAAAUGUUGCCUGAUGAGCUAGCGGAGGCCCUCCACUAA